AAUAUCGGCCGUGCGGCCAAUUUGUGGUUUCUAUUUGUUCCAAACUUUAUAUCGGCCCAUUCCAAAUUGAAAUUGUACCCCCAGCGCAUAGCUCAUUCUUCGUAUUUCUUUCUGCCAUUACUCCAACUCUAGAAGCAUCCUUCCCUCCCUUCGGCUCACAGGUCUAUUCCACAAUUCACCUUUCUUCCAUAUCCAUAAAGGAGAAAUGCAGGGUGGAAGAGAUCCUUUCUUUGGCUUUGGAAACCCUUUUGGAGGUAGUCUUGGUGGCUUUGGACCUGACAGAAGCUUAAUGUCAAGUUUUUUUGGCGGGAGGGAUCCUUUUGACGAUCCGUUCUUCACACAACCGUUUGGAGGCAUGUUUGGGUCAGGCAUUUUUGGGCCCGGUGAACAACAAUUUAUGGGCCCAAAUCAGGCUAGAUUUCAUGAAGCAAUGUUUUUUCCUCCUAGCAGAAGUCAAUUUAUGGGUUCACAUCCAGUUGAACUCAUUGAACACUGCCCCAUCCCACCCACUAUUUCGCGUGGGCCUAUAAUUGAAGAGUUAAAUUCUGACGAUGAACAUGAAGAGAAAAAGGGGACGACUGGGAAAGGAAAUCCAAGAAAACAUGGAAGAUUGAGCGAAGAGGCUUUUGUUCAAGACCCAGAAGAGCGGAGUAGUAAGCAAAUUCACUAUGCGAAUGAUUUUAGGCCGAUGCAACAUUUUCAACCACAUCCACAGGCUCAAAGUUUUUCAUUUAAGAGUUCAACUGUUUCUUAUGGCGGAGCUAAUGGUGCAUAUUAUACUUCAUCUAGAAUCAGGAGGACAGGGAGUGAUGGUUUAACAUAUGAAGAAUGCAAAGAAGCUGACUCCACCAGCGGUAGAGCAAAUCAUAAGAUUUCAAGGGGGAUACACGAUAAGGGCCAUUCUGUGGUGCGAAAACUGAAUUCAGAUGGCAGAGUUGAUACAAUGCAAGCUUUGCAUAAUAUUAAUGAAGAUGAACUUCCCAGUUUUGAGGAAGCUUGGAAGGGAAAGGUUAAACGGCAUCUUCCUGGUUGGAUGGGGGAGGGGUUGGAUGCCGAAAAUGCUAUAGGUGAGUGAGUUUGUUGCUCAUAUAACGUCUGUAUUUUUUCUUGCAUGGUGACAUCAUUAUUUUUUAUUUUUCGUAGAGUUGACUAGUAUUCUUCAAUGGAAGGGAUGUUUGAUUGAUUUUGAUUAUGAUUCAUCUUUAAAUUUAGAAUCAGAGUAAAAAAAUCAGCUAUAUGAGAAAAUGAUUCUUCUUAACUGCUCUAGAAGAAGUUGAAAAUCACAUUGCAGUGUACUGUUGGGACCAUCUACUGUUUUCAAUUGAUUAGUGUAUGAAAUGAUUAGAAGGGGGCAUGCAGUCAUGCUCAAUAUCUUUAUGAUGUAAUAAUAAACCCACAAAAAUUAGUUUUUUUCUCCACGUUUACACUGUUUCUUCUCGAGUCCAUUUCCCUUGGGAUGCAAAUUCGUAAAUUAAGCUUCAAACAUGAUUUUUUGUGUGGGGGAGAGCCGGAGAGGUAUGUGUUCAACGUGCCACGGUAAAUUUUUGCUUUUCAAUCCAGUGAGAUGAAAAGGUUUCUGUUUAAUAUUUUGAAAAGUACUGUAAUUAUUGUUUCUGUACCCGGAGUAUAUGUUUGUAUAUAUAGGAGUUGGAAGCAGUGGCGGUGUGAACAUGGAGGGAGGCAGGGGAGGGUGGGCACUUCCUUCAACAGAGAGAACGAUGCAUGAUCAUCAGUCUAAGUCAAAGUCCAAGUAUGGAGGAGGAAAUAGGACGGCAGCAGCAGGUCAGUAUGUGCACCAGCAACCAACUGGUGCAAUAGUGAAAGAGCACAAAAGUCUGGGGGGGAGACAUAUCAACGGCGGCGGCAUCAACAACUAAAUAAAUCAAUGUCAUAAACAAUACAUACAUAAAAGUGCUGCUAUACUUGCCCCUCAAGAAUUGCCGGCUGAAACUUUGGGGAUUGUCUAUGUUUUAUAACGUACGUAGUGUUGAAAUAUAUGAAUUAAUCACCUUCUAACUACUUAUGUUUAGCCGUUCUUAUCACCAUUAAUGGAAUAAUUAAAAAAUCUAUGAUUUCAAGGUGAUAAUUGUGUGGCUUAUAGUCAUCUUCUAAUUUAAAUGAGCUCACAAUUUCUCCUACAAAUAGGAGUCUUCUCCCAUUCUGGUUAACACACCUCUGAGAAAACCUUUGAUGUUCAAGAAUUAUUCCCAUCCAUUAUAAUUUCAUAUUCUUUUACUUGAUUCU